AUGGAGAGACAAAACCAGUCCAGAGUUAGAGAGUUCAUUCUUCUGGGCUUUCCCACAUCUGUGGAAUUCCAAAUCUUGCUCUUUGUGGUGUUCUUCAUUGUCUACAUAUUGGUACUGACUGAGAACAUCAUAAUAAUGGUGACUGUCUGGAUGAACUUCAACCUCCAUAAACCUAUGUACUUCUUCCUGUGCAACUUGUCCUUCCUAGAGAUCUGGUAUAUCACUGUCACCCUUCCUAAGACUAUGGCAAAUUUCCUGAUAGAGAAUAAGCGCAUCUCCUUUGUGGGCUGCAUGAUGCAACUCUAUUUCUUCCUGGGAUUAGGCUGUACCGAGUGUGUGCUCCUUGCUGUCAUGGCCUAUGACCGCUAUGUUGCCAUAUGCUUCCCUCUGCGCUACCCAGUGAUCAUGACACGCCCUCUCUGUGUCCAACUGGCAGCUACAUCAUGGAUAAGUGGCUUCUUCAUCUCUAUGUGGAAGGUCCUCCUGAUAUCACAGCUGACUUACUGUGGUCCCAACAUCAUUAACCACUUCUUUUGUGAUGUAUCCCCACUUCUGAACUUGUCCUGCACUGACAUGUCCUUGUCCGAGCUGACAGAUUUCAUCUUAGCCUUGUUUAUCCUCCUGACCCCACUCUGUGUCACUGUCCUAUCCUACAUUUACAUCAUUGCCACCAUCUUGCGGAUCCCUUCUGCCAAAGGCCGGCAGAAAGCCUUCUCCACCUGUGCUUCUCACCUCACAGUGGUUGUCAUCUUCUAUGCUGCCAGCAUUUUCAUCUAUGCCCGACCCAAAGCCAUCUCUUCCUUCAAUUCUAGCAAACUGGUCUCAGUUCUUUAUGCUGUUGUAGUCCCUCUUUGCAACCCGAUCAUUUACUGCCUCAGAAAUCAGGAGGUGAAAGACGCUCUGAAGAAAACUCUGUUCAGGAAACCAGGGCUCUUGGCCUCAGAUAUGGACAUUGGAAAGGGGCAGAAAUGA